AUGGCGGCUGCCGGUGGUGGAUUUGAAAGGGCGAGCGAUGUCGACGAGCGUAAAGAACAGACCCGGAUUUCCAGGACCGAGGUGUUGCGACAGGCUAAAGCCAAUUUUGAAAAGGAAGAAAGGCGUAAAGAACUUAAACGACUUCGGGGUAAGGAAACAUGGAUGCUACCUGAUGUGAAUAAGCGAGUUGAACAAAUCUCACAGGAACACUCUGUGAAGAAAAAGAAGAAAAAAGACAAGCAUUCAAGAAAAGUUAAAAAAGAGAAGAAAAAAAAGAGCAAGAAACAAAAGUGUGAAAAAAACGAGUCAACUGAUAGUUCAUCAAGCUCUGAAGAUGAGUGGGUUGAGGCUGUUCCCUCCCACACUUCUGGCAAGGAAAAGGCCUGGAAGGUGAAAGAUGAAAAGUCAGAAAAAGAAGACAACCAAGUUAUUCAGAGGGAUGAAUGGAUGACUGUUGAUUUUAUGUCUGUUAAAACUGUGUCAUCAUUAUCACUCAAAGCUGAAAAGGAAACUAUAAGGAAAAUAGAGCAAGAGAAAACCCAAGCACUUGAACAGUUGAGACUGCUGGAAAGAGAAUUGAAUCCAUACUGGAAGGAUGGUGGGACAGGUCUUCCACCAGAAGACUGUAAUGUGUCAUCAGUUACUAAAGUAGUAGAAGAUGGUGGUUUAAGCUGGCUAAGGAAGUCUUACCAAAGAAUGAAGGAACAAGCUGAGAAACAAAAUAGAAAAUUUGAAGACAUUGUAGCUGAAAGAUAUGGGUCAAUGGAAAUCUUCCAGAUGAAAUUAAAAGAAGCUGAGAAAACUGCGUUUAUGAAAGAAGACUGUAGACGAGAACGGUGGAAGAAACCAACAUACUCAGAUAAAGCACAAAGUAGUCAGGAAAGUAGAAAAUCAGACUUGGCAAAAUAUAAUAAAAGUUCAAGUGAUAGAUAUAAUACAAAAGAUAUUGCAAAGAAUAUCAUUAAAGAUAAGUUUAGUGGUGAUGAAAAAGAUAGUAGAUCUGGGUCUUUAGAAGCAUGUAGAAGAGAAUCCAGUCCAAAACAAAAUCAAGAGUUUUCUUCUCAUAUAAAUUUGAGACCUAAAUUCUUAAGACCUUCUGAUGAAGAACUGUCAUUUCAUAGCAAGGACAGAAAUUUUGAACCAUCUAGUUCAUCUUCAGCACUGGUCUCUCAGGAUUCUGUACAUUGUGGUUUUCGAAAAUCCACAGAGAACAGUGAAGAAAGUUUAUCAUGGUGGAGUCGAUCUGAUGGGAGAGAAGGAGACAGGAAACAUUCAAAUCGAAAACCAUUAGAAACCAGUCACAGUGUUGACCGUGGACAAGUUUCAGAAGACGUGAGAGAAAAAUCACAGGGUGAAAGCUUGAGAGAGGACUCUCUGAAGAAAGAACACCUACAGGAUACAAAGUCUUCGCUUGCUGGGAGUAGUCCAGUGGAUGACUCUAUCCACAUCUUGAGUGUUGAUGAGAAGAACAAGUUGGGAGCCAAGAUUAUCAAGGCAGAGAUGAUGGGAAAUAUGGAAUUAGCUGAACAACUUAAAGCCCAACUUGACAAGGCAAAUAAAUUCGAAGACACCAUAACGCAGAUAUCAUCAAACAAAUCUGGGGUAGAGAAUGAAGAUCAGGAAGAAGUGAUCCUUGUCAGAACAGAUCAUUCUGGAAGAGUCUGGCCUGUGAACACACCACAGAAACAUCUGGAAUCUAAAGGAGGGAGAAGGAAGAGACUGAUUGCUUCUACCUAUGAGGAAAAAGAAAGGGUCCGAUACUUUCAUGAUGAUGAUACUCUAAGCCUAAAUGAUUUAGUCAAGAACGAAAAGAUGGGAACAGCAGAAAAUCAAAACAAACAUCUUAUGAAAAUGACAUCUAAGUUUAUGGGAAAAACAGAUGGAGACUAUUACACUCUGGAUGACAUGUUUGUCUCCAGAGCAGCUGAGAGAGAAUGUUUUGGUGAAGAGGAAGAGAAUCAGAAGAAAAAAGCUAUUGCUGAGCACCGGAGUCUUGCUGCACUAAUGGAAAAAUGUCUGUAUUGUUUUGACAGCUCUCAAUUUCCCAAGCACCUUAUUGUUGCAAUAGGUGUUAAGGUUUAUUUAUGUUUACCCAACUUUCGAUCUCUUACUGAAGGGCACUGCUUGAUAGUCCCUUUGCAGCACUAUAGAGCAGCUACCUUAUUGGAUGAAGACAUCUGGGAGGAAAUUCAGAUGUUUAGAAAAUCAUUGGUAAAGAUGUUUGAAGAUAAAGGAUUGGACUGUAUCUUUUUAGAAACGAACAUGAGCUUGAAGAAACAGUAUCACAUGGUUUAUGAAUGCAUUCCUCUCCCAAAGGAAGUGGGUGAUAUGGCUCCCAUCUAUUUUAAGAAAGCCAUAAUGGAAACUGAUGAAGAAUGGUCUAUGAACAAGAAAUUAAUUGAUCUCUCUUCAAAAGAUAUCAGAAAGUCUGUACCCAGAGGCUUUCCUUACUUCUCUGUGAAUUUUGGCCUCCAGGGAGGGUUUGCCCAUGUCAUUGAAGAUCAACACAAAUUCCCUCAUUACUUUGGAAAGGAAAUCAUUGGUGGGAUGCUGGAUGUGGAACCAAGACUUUGGAGGAAAGGGAUCCGAGAAAGCUUUGAGGAUCAGAGGAAGAAAGUACUGCAGUUUGCUCAGUGGUGGAAACCAUUUGACUUCACCAAAAGGGAGACGUUUGGUCAGGGCUCAGCUGGAUGAUUUACCUCUGCUUCAAGAUGUCCGGGGCCUCAGCUGGGAUAGCUCAAAUGUCUGGAGAUGACUGGGGUCAUAUGUCUGGAUACUCUGUUCUUCAUACAGUGUAUGCUGAAGCUGGAAUAGUGGAAAUGGUUCCUUUACUCACAUGUGUGGUGCCUAUAGUGGAAUGAAUGGAACAGCUGGGGAUGGGCUGAUAAUACUCUUUUCUCCUAUGGUAAUUUCAGGGUAGUUGGACCUGCUAUAUGGCUUCUGGAUUCCUCCAGAGCAAUCAUUCCAAAAGACAGUUGCGAGAGAUAAGAGGUAGAAGGUGCCAAUCUUCUAGAGUCUGGUACAGCUUAACUUUUGCUGUGUUCUUUUUAUGAUAAAGUUGUCACAGAGCCCACCUACAUUCAAGAAGAGGGGUCAUAACCCUAUCUCUCAGUGGUAGUAGUGUCAAAUAAUUUGUGGUCAUCUUUAAUCUACCACAGUCCAUCCUCUGGCCACAAACUUAUACUCCUCCUAUGUGAAAAACAUAUUCAAAUCCACCCAGGAGAGUCCCAUUCCAGUAGGGCAUUAGGCUUAGACUCAAAAUUCAGGAUCCCAUCUAAAUCAGGCCCAGAUGGAGAUGAGGUUACUCAGGUGCUUCAAUCUGAAGACCUGUGAACUUAGACAAAUUAUCUGUACCCCUUACACACACACACACACACACACACACACACACACACACUAUCAAACAUACAGUAGUAAGAGAAGUAUAUAGUUACUGCAGUAGAAACAUUCAUUGAAAAAGAUGGAAAACUUGAUGCACAUUUUAGUCACUGUUCACUAGUAAUUCUAAAAUUAAGUCAAGCAUAUGUUGCCAGUUGCUUGAUUAGGGCCCCAGUCCUGCUUCUUUUUUUUUUUUUUUUUUUCCAGUCCUGCUUCUUGAGAAUGAUUCCAUUGGGCUCUUUGCUCUGCCCUUUGCACUCUUGGUUCAACGCUCAGUCAGCCUUUGUUUUUCAUAAGAAAUAACUCAAGACUUACACUUCCAGCUAAGACAAAGUAACCGCAUUAUCUUCUUGUUCAAAACAACUGAAAAAUAGACAACAUAUAUGAAAGGAUGGUUCUUAAGACAUGGGAUAUCAGGCAAGAAAGUAUGAUGAGCCCUGAGAGAUGGGGGGAAAGUGAGAUAAACCCUGUAUUACCCUAUCUUAUUGCUGUGAGAGUUUCCACCUUGUGGUACAAGUUGGGAGAAUCCAGGCAGAGCCCGUUGAACUAACUGAGUUGAGGAAGUAGAACUGUGAGUCUGGGGAGACUAAGACAACAGGACUGGUUACUAGAGAAGAGAUUGCUACACAGAGAAUUCUAGAGAUCUUCAGAGGGUCCCCUUCUAGUAUCUGUACAGUGACUAAUUGUAUGCAUGUGAGGAAACUACCCAAGGCCAGGAAAAGAUUGAUCUACCCAAGAUGAUUAGAGGGAACCUUUCUUGAUAGCUAGAAUGGAAAAUUUCAAGACUGACUAGGAAUUGGGUAGAGUACACAGAUGGUAAUUGCAGUGUAGAAUAAUUAUUCCAACACUUAGCACUGAUCUAGUCUUGACAGACAUCUUAAAAGCAAGAGGCAAAAGGCUCAAACUGUUUCCAAGUAACUGCACCUCAGAACAGAGCUUAAAAGUAUGUAUAGGAAUAAAAAUAUAUCCAGUAGUCACAAUAUAAAAUUGAAAGUGUCUGGCAUCCAGUCAAAAAUUACAAGGCAUGCAAAGAAAGCAGCUACAUGGAUAAAUAUAUAAGAUUUUUUUCUUAUUCUCUAGAUUUCUUUAAAAGAUAUUUUCCUUCUAUAAACAAAAAUCGUAUGAUGUUUAUAACAUAUGUAAAAGCAAAAUAAAUGACAAUAAUAGCACAAGGGUGGGAAAGGGAGAAGUGAAAGUACAGGAUAUUGUACUAUAUUUGAAGCAGUAUAACAUAACUUGACUGUAGGCUGUGAUAAAGAUAUGUAAUUAAAGUAGAUCCUAAGAUAAAAAAACAAGCAAAUAAAGAUUUAUAGCAAAAACCCAACAAAGAGGAUAAAAUGAAACAUAAAAUAAUAAUCUAAAUGAAGGCAGAAAAAGAACAGGGAAACAAAGUAUAGGUGGGAUAAAGAGAAAACAAAUAACAAGAUGAUAGAUUUAAACCUAAACAUUAUAUUAAUAAUAUCCUUUUUAUUGCCAUAUAGAAAAUUACAACUUAAGCAGCUUAAAGCAACAAAUCUUUAAUAUCUCAGCUUCUGUAGGUCAGGAGUUCAGGCACAGCUUGACUGGGUCCUCUCUACUUAGGAUCUCACCAGGCCAAGGUGUCAGCUAGAACAGAGUUUUCACCUGGAGACUGAACUCAGAAAAGAUUCACUUCCACACUCACAUGGUUCUUUGCAGCAUUCAGUUCCUUGCAGCUAGAACUGAAAACUUCAGUUGGUUAAUGGCUGUUGGCCAGAAGGUGCUCUGUGCUUCUCUAGGCAUCAGCAAUUUCUUACCACAUGUGGUUCUCUAACGUGGCCUAUUGCUUCCUCACCACCAGCAACAGAGAGGGAGAUUCCAGAAAGAUGGCAGCUGAACUCUUACAUAAUACGCAAAAUCACAUACAUCUGUUCCCAUAUACUGUUGGUUAGAGGCAUGUCACAGGUCCUGGAUCCCCACACUCAAGGGGAUGCAAUCACAAGGUUGUAAACACCAGGAAUGGAACAUAAUGGAGGCCACCCUAAGAGUUUGUCCACCAAAAAUAUGCCAUUUCACAUUUUAAGAAACUUUCUUAAAACUUUCUUCUUUCAUUUUUCCCACCUUGCCCUUUGUUUCUCUACAUUUUAUUUCUGUGUCUAUUAGAAUCUACAGAAUGCAUUGUUAUUUUUGCUCUAAACACCUCUAACUCUAUUUUAAAGCAACUUUUUAAUGAGGAAAAAAAUUAUAUAUACUCAAGUAUUGCAAUUUCCAGUACUCUGCAUUCCUUUUAGUUGAUCCAAAUUCACAUUUGGUGUCACCUUAGUAAAUGGACAUAAAGUCAGUUUGAUUUUUUUAGCCUUGUCCUGUGUACCUGUUGUUCCUAAUUUAUUUAUUGAU